AUGUUGCUGCGAGCAACACUUUGUAUGUAGCUUUUACAGUUUCUACACGAACAGACACGGACACGGACGAUAUUGCGGCCGGUGACGUCAGCGUCCAUAACACAACAAUCAGCAACACGGAUGAUAUUGCACCUCUCGCACGGAAAAGAUACGGACGGAACAUUAAUCGGCUUAUAUCCUGUGGUUUACGAUAGCUAAGCUAAGCUAACAGUUAGCGGGACCGUGCUAUCUGACAUUAACCGAAAGGAAACAAAGUAACUGGAACUAUGAACUGAUUUAUGACCGAAUUUUAAACCUCGUGACAAGGCACAACUACAAAGCAUAAUCAUGUUCAGUUUCCUUGGACUCCGUAAGGACUCAAAGAAGUCAUCAUCCGACAAAGAAAUAGAUGGAGGCUUUGUCAUCAUUGGUGAGACAGUUGAAGAACAGAGGAGGAAGAUACAGACCAUGAACCUCACACAACCAUCAACAAACGUCAUAGUGCAGCCAUCAAGGCCCUCCUGUAAGGCUCCAGCCCCUCCCACUGACAUAAAGUACCCUGUAGCUUUCCCCACAGCAGCGCCAACAGCAGGGACCUGCUCAGGGACCUCAUCAGUGGAAGCUGCUUCUACUCUCCCAGAUCUGCUCGGGGACGUCCCCUUCACUUUGGCUCCCCACGUCCUGGCCAUGCAGACGGGGCUCCCCCUGAUUCCUGACGUGCUGCUGUCCCGGGACAUAAACUACAACCUAGCUAAUUUUCAGUAUGACUUCACUUUAGAGAACUCUGUGCUCCAUAAUGCCUAAUCUGUUACAAUUUUGAUAUUAGUCCACUCUGUGGGGAACUUGGCUGAUUGUUGGUCAUGUGAGAGGCUCCAGCUCUACAGUGUAGUAGCAUAAUGAACAAGUAGCUGACACAAUUGCAUUGCACAUAAAAUAAGCUGUAGAACUGCGGAUUAAAACUUCUGUUACUAACUCCUAAUCCAUUUUUAAUGUAGAGGCAUUGAAAUGAAAUGACAUACAUUGGAAAGGACACAAGGAAGCAUGAGAAUAUCACUGGCUGUACAACUGAUGACUGAAAAGUUCUAACUUUACAGCUUUAUAGGAACUGAAUGGACUUGUGGUUUACUUGUUUCUUGUGGUACUCUCAACAUGAACAUGGUUAGCGCACCUGCUGUUUACUUUCAUUACAGAUAUGAGCCUUUCUUGGUUAAGACAUCGUGAUUGUCUUGUCUUUAGGCACAUUGCAGAUACAGUGAAGUACAGUGUGUUAUCACUGCUGUUGUGAUGUUGACGGACUGUGGACAGGGUAAUUAAGGUUUAUUACUGCUUGGGUUUCUUACAGUUAUGAUCAAGAAAUUUGCUGAGAUCUGGGAACAUUGGUACAGAAAAUCGGAAGGGUAAAGCCAAAAGGGAACACACCUGAAAUGUUGGUGCCAACUGUGCACACAACAACCAAGACCAAGACUUUGGUCAUUGAACUGUCAUAGAUGGUUUACAACGGUCAUGUUUUAUAAAGUUUGGGUAAUAAUGUUACCCUUCACCCUUGUCUUCUCUUCCAAACGCUAACCUGGUAACCUUGUUUACAACCAGAUCGGUUCAUGUGAUUACAAGAAUUCUGCUACCAGCACCGAACCUGGCAGGUCCAUCCAAGAUAUUGGGUUUUAGGCCAUUUUUUUGUGUAUUGGUUUGAGUUCAUGUUUGGUUAUUUUCAAAUAUAUUUUAUUAGAGAUUCCUCUCUCCAACUGUGCCAAUCUUCUGGGUCUGUGAGGGUCAGCUGUCCAAGUAGAUGCCUAGAGGAAAUAGCGGAAAAAACAGUUAUAGCCAAUUAUUAUCAAAGCGAGGGUAAAGCCAACUCGUUCUCAUUUCCAGUUUGUCAAAUACUUUAACGUCGCUUUGUCACACCCUUUUGUCACGCCCUUUUGUGUGUUAUAUUGACACUAAAGGCACCCUUUGGUGUCAUUAUGAAAGGCAUCAGGCUUUCAGCUAACUUCAUUGUCAGCCAAUCGCGACAAUACUUUGUGCUGAGAGUGCUGAUGUAGUUUAAAGAGCAAAAAAAAAUAAGCAGAGACAGUCAAACAAAACUGGACUUUCACCCAGGAGACAGCUGUUUGUGUCCCACGAGAAACCAAAGAUCAGUGUUGUUUUAACGUAACAUUUACGUAAUUUACAUUGGUUGUUGCGCACUGAUAUCACUCACAUGACGCUUUUACGUUAUGCAACAAACGUAUUUUAACCCAAAACAUAAUAAGCUUUUUUGUACACCUUACCAAGUAGGUUUGUUGCCUAAACCUAACAGCCACCGUUUCACAACAUUUAACACAUGUUACAAUGUGUUUCAGCUGUGUGUCACAUCGAUGCGCCCUGUGCGUCGCUAUGAGACGCCAAGGGGCAUGACAAAGCAUCAGUAUUGGACGACCUGGAAAUGAGAAUGGGUAUGUAAACCAUAAAUAUAGCUUCAGGGCUCAGGUCAAGUUCCAGUCUCAGAUUUGGAGUGCCAGUCAGCUGUAGUUGGGUUUGGUCUUAAAGACUCAGGUACGAGCCACUUUCAGGUCUCUGUUUUAGGUCUUCUGAGUGUCUUACCCUGUCAGGCCUCCAUUUUGCCAGAUCUCAGCAGUUAACUUGAAGAGUAAAGUCUAUUUAUUAAGGAUAUGAAUGGUGGCCAAAACUACCAAAAUAAAACCCAGGUUGGACUUAAUUAGAAUUAUCCUUUAAGUUAAAGUUGAUAUUUUAUCGCGCAGGCUUCAGGUUAUUUGAAGAUGUGGCACCUCGAUGAUGAAGCAAUAACUUUUAUCUAAGCUUAGUACUUGGACAACAAAUAGCCUACCUCCCAUUGAGCUAAACCCAAGUGUUCAACAGAAUCAUUGGAUGGAGGAAAGUACUUAUUCAUGGCAGGUCUGGGAAUCAUCUGUGUACAAAGAGCAAGAGAUUGUUUGAAUGAUGAUGUGAAAAUGAACGGUAAGACAGUUUUUACUAACUACAGCUUUUGUGUAAUACUUUAAUAUGCGAUUUAUAUAUUUGAUGUAGCACCUUCUGCCAUAAUUAAGGUUUUGACUCUUGGUGACUACAAAUCACACCAUGAUUUAAUUUCUCUUCCUGUAUGUGGCCUUCCCUUUGACCCAGCAUAUUCUUUGGCCAGCAUUAGUUUAUUGUAUUAUUUAUUUUGUUUGCAUUUCAAUUAGUAUUUGCUUUCUUGUGUUCAUGGCACACAUUUUUGUCAGAAUGAAGUCAAAUAUAGUUUAUUCUGAUAUGAUAUUUUUUGUGUUUCAAGUGUCUGGGAUUCACCAUACACAUUGCUUUGGCUAGAAGUCUGCAAAGAGGUUGGUGCUUAGCCCUGACAUACUGUAAUUCUCAAAUAGAGCAGCCUUUACAGACCUCAAUGGUAGUCUCAGCAUCUCCUCCAUACUUGGAUUAAUUCAUGAUAAUAUACGAUACUUUCCACAGCAGUACAUCCAUCAGCUAAACAGUGAAGUCAUGUCUCUUCUUUAAAAAGAAAAGUUUUUAUUAAUUUACAAUGUUCAGCUCCUUCUGCUUUGUGCUUUUUUUAUUGUUAAGUUACUAUUAAUAAAAGUCAGCAUUUCCUCUUCUCUUAUUUCACAUUUAAAGUCCUCAAGGCUUCCCCUUCCUGGAAGGCUUUCAAAGUUUUGAGUUUUACUGACAGGGGUUAAACUUUGAAUGGUUCCUUGCUUGAUUCUCUCAACAUUAGUCUUGAAAAUUCCCCUACUGUUUGGUGUGACGGUCACGUGACAGUAAGCCAGCCUUCAGUUUUAAUCCGGUUACAGUCUCAGAGGUGCAGAAAGCCCUCAAAUUUAGACACUAGACAAUUUGCAGGUCCUGAACUUGAAGCUGAUUUAAUGGACCACUUUUGACACAUCGUUUUGAACUCUCACUGGACAUUCCCCUUAUAUGGGAAUCCACUUUUGUUCUCCCGCUGUUUGCUUGUCUGUCCUAGUUAUGGUUAUGCCAAAAUAGGCAAUCUUGCAAUACACUCUCCACUUGUAGUUACUACAGCAUUAUUAUUUUUUGAUUGUUACCUUUUUUAUUACAAUUUAACUGUUUCAAUUUAAAAUUUCCCAACACAGACUUUCAAUUUUAUGCAGAUGAUACUGUGACGUAUUGCUGCUAACUACAGGGACCGACGUUAAAUCAUGACUGACCCUAAUCUUUGAAAACAUACUUAUUAUAUUAAAUUCUUUUUUUGUCAAUGUAUCCUCCUAAAUCCAACACACUGGACGUUACCUCACCAAACAUUUCAGUGAGCCCUGGUGCAUGGAAGCCUCUGCAUUUGAUGUGUUUCACCUCUCUUUAAUUCAAGUUUUUCCUUUAGUAUUUCCCUUGUCUGUCCAUGAUGCUGACGGCCUCCUUUAUUCUUGCUGGUUAUUACUUGAGUCACCGUCUUUAUCUGAAUAUCUUUUUUACAGUACUUCACAGUACAGAUUUAAUGCUGGUUUAUUGCUGGUAAACACUAUAAAAUAUAGGGGGUUUAACUUGAGCAAUUAUUCAUCUGCAGGUCUUGAUUACAUCGAUGUGUGCAUCCUGGUUUGAAUUACAUUAUCAACAGAUCAAAUGAAGUUUGCUCAGUUGAUGUGCUUACAUAACCAGGGUGAUAUUCUUUAGUUAUUCUGUAAAUAUGAACUUUUAAAAUGAUGAUAGAUCUUUUGCUUAGACGAGGAAAUACAUUUGCAUAGAGUCAGGAUUUUACCCAGGAAAAUAGCUUUUGAUUGUUUGUACAUGAUCAAAUUUGGUCUCUUCAAACCUAAUGUGCCUUUAAUAUACAGUCAAUAUACCUUUCAAAUUGUCUUUUAGAAGUUAGCAUUUAGUCACCUGUUAACUCCCACUGAAAUCUCUCUCUGAAGCAAUCUUAUACCCUGAGUUAAAGUACGCAUCUGCUGGUGCUGGAAAUGUUUUCAGUUGGUUGUAACUGUGGACAGAAACUUACUUUACAAAUAAAUUUGAAGAGCAUUGUCUAA